GGCAGAUAACUCCAGUUCUAUGUGAGGGGUUGCAAUGCAGUUCACAAAUGUUCUUGUUGUUUUGUCAUUGUUAUGUGAUUGUUAUCAGAGAACACGUAAAUAGAAUUUUAACACAUUUAGAUUAUUUACCACUUGUGUUUACCACAAAACACAUAAGACUGAUAUUUACCAAUUUUCGUUUUGAAGGUGUUUUAUUCUCUGUUUUUUUGGGAUACCACUUUUCACCCAUUUUAUUCACAACUAAUUAUUUUGUGACUAUUAAAUUGAAAACUUAAGGUGAACACAAAACCACACUAUGCAAUACUGUGGCAUCCCGAACCCGAUGUCACAUCGCUAGCCCUAAACAUCGGGAAACAUGACAUUUUCUUCUCAUUUGUUUGUGUCAAGCAAAUCUUUGUAAUAAAUUUCGAGUAUCAUCAAAUCCCCUUUUAAGACCACAAUGAUGAACAACAACAAAUAUAUCCAAGUCGCUGGCAGCAGCACUGGCGUAACCAGCAGCGAUAAAGUUGUUCAGGACAUCCUAAACACCUUCACAGAUCUAAGGCACUACUCGAGAGAGAUCGAAAAUGAACUACGCUUCACGGAGAAUCAGUCCAUUAAGGUGUACAUGAAAGAGAGUGAAAACAUUGCAAGCCUUCAUAAUCAAAUUACAGCUUGUGAUGAGAUAUUAGAGCGCAUGGAGAAUAUGCUACUCGAUUUUCAGAAUGAUCUGGGCAGCAUAUCUAGUGAGAUUCUCACAUUGCAGAGGAAGUCUAUUUCUAUGAGCCAGGAGCUUGCUAAUAGGCAGGCCAUUAGAGGGCAACUUAGCCAAUUUAUAGAUGAUAUAUCAGGUCUUAUACUCAAGUGCUCCUACUUUCAAGGAUGCCUUUCCCUCUUUUGGAAAGCAUAAAGGAAUUUUAGCCUUCCUAAAGGAGAGAAAAAAACAGGAGGCUUUCACAAAAAACGGCGGCCUUUAAUGCAGGAGGACGAAUAGGAGCCACUAAAAAUAAAACAAAACUGGUUCUCAUUCCUGAAAACUUAAUAUUAGCAAUUAUGGAUCUACCAGUAACUGACAAAGAAUUUUUAUCCCAACUUCAACUAUUGAAUCAUAAACUUAGUUUUAUUAAGGAGCAAAGUUUCAAGGAGACCAAAUCAUGUGGUGAUAUAAGAGAAAUUCUUGAGAAGCUCAAGAUAAAAUCCAUGUCAAAAAUAAGAGCAUACCUGUUGGAGCAAGUUUCAAAGUUUAAGAAACCAAUGGCCAACUAUCAGAUUCCACAGAAUAACUUAUUAAAACAUAAAGGGCAUUAUGAAUUUUUAUUAUCAAAUGAGAGGAAUAUCGCUGAAGAGAUUCGAAAUGAAUAUGUUGAUACUAUGAGCAAAAUUUAUUACUCUUAUUUCAAAUCAUAUGAAAGCAGAGUGAUGAAAUUGCAAUAUGAAGAGACAACAUCAAAGGACGAUCUGAUGGGCAUUGAAGAUACAGCUAAUACUCGUGGACUAUUCAACAAGUCUUUGAAGCAAAAAGCAACUGUGUUCACCAUUGGUAAUAGAGGAAACAUACUCAACCAAGAGCUUGAGGCACCUAUAAUUGUACCACAUGCACAAACGAAAAACAGGUAUCCUUUUGAAGGCUUAUUUAGGAGUGUGCAGUAUGCUUUAGUGGACAAUGCUUGUAGAGAGUACUUGUUUAUAUGUGAGUACUUCAUGGUAAAGGAUCAGGCUGCUAUGAAUCUUUUCAAUCAGAUCAUGGAAAAGACCCUUACACUACUUCAGAAAAACAUCGAAUCAUAUGUAAGUAGCUGCUACGACUCGAUAGCGAUUUUCCUGUGUUUCCAUCUGGUACUCCGCUACAAAAUCAUGUGCCACAAAAGGUGCGUUCCAGCACUAGAUAACUACUGGGAACACAUGGAGAAAGAGGUGUUGCUACCACGGUUUGAGCAAAUCGUACGGCUAAACAUACAGAGCAUCAAGGAUUGCGAUGUCACACGUUUCAACCUUGAACUUGGACCACACUAUAUCGCCCGACGGUACGCAGAAUUCAGCGCUGCCCUUGUAAGUAUCAGCGAGAAUUUUCCAAACGAGUUGGUGAGCUCACUGCUAGCUGAACUGCAGGACGAGGUGGAGAUGUUCAUCUUCCGCAUGGCGGGCGUUUUUCCAGAAAGGAAAGACCAACUCAUAUUCCUCAUCAACAAUUAUGACAUGAUACUCGCCAUCAUCAUGGAAAGGACCAGGGACAAUAGCAAAGAAGCCGAGGUGUUUCGUCAACGCCUCUCCGCUAAAAGCGGCGAGUACGCCGAACAAAUUCUCCAUCCACACUUUGGCGAGCUGAUCCAGUACGUGAAGGAGUGCGAGCACUAUAUGGAGCACGCAGAUAUGAAGAAACUCAAGCAGUUAGAACCCAAAUCAGUGGAGAUCGCGCAUAAUUUCACCGCCAAUUGGAAGAGUUCUUUGGAGGCACUCAACAGGGAGGUGCUCAUCUCAUUUCCGAAUCUCGUCACAGGCUCCAGUUUGUUGCAGUUAGCGCUCACUCAGCUCGUGCAAUAUUAUCACAGGUUCCACAAACUACUGAGCCCUCAGGUGCGAUCACAACUAGUCAACAUUCAUCUCAUCAUGGUCGAAAUUAAAAAAUACAAGACAGCAUUCUAGGGUGACAUGUGUGAUAAGUGGAUACAUUAAUGUACAUAUUUCUGUAAAAAUAAAAUGAAGAUUCCAGGUCAUGAGGCAGUAUUUCAUGAUUAAUAAAAAUGAACAUUUGUUUCGACUGACUUGACUUUUUUCGACAAUCUCUCCAUUUCCAAC